GACCUGAGCAAAACGGUAGGAAGUGCCUCACCUAUUUGGCCAGGUGAAUAGCUGUGCGCGAGCCGUAGGUGUCACAGUAAAUUGUGUUUUUUUUAUUGUUCUACUUUCGCACACACACACGGAUACGGACACGUACACUGACACAUACACAGAGAGAGAUACACAAGAGGGGUGCAACACACACACUGAACACAAACGCCAGAUACACAAAGACACACAAUGGAGGCCCUGGGCGGUAAGGUCCCAUUCUGGCUUGACGUCUGGGUCAUGGUGGGUCUGGAGGUGAUGGCGCUGCUCGUGACCUUCUACCUUCUGCCGGAAGGAGUCACAAAGUAGAUCAACUUGUACUCAACCCCGUUGGCAUCGCGCUGGGCACCCCCUCCGCCCCGCCCCCGAUCCCCAGGCGGGGUCCUUGCAGCAGCAAUGGCCGCGCCCAUCUCGCUCAACGUGGAGUUCGGCGGUGGUGCCGAGCUGCUGUUUGGUGGCGUAAAGUCCCACAAGGUGGAGCUAAGUCAACAAGAAAAGCCUUGGGAUGUGCGACAGCUGUUGGUGUGGAUCCGGACAAACCUCCUUAAGGAGCGGCCAGAGCUCUUCAUCCAAGGCGAUAACGUGCGGCCAGGGAUUCUCGUGCUGAUUAAUGAUGCCGACUGGGAACUGCUGGGGGAGUUGGACUAUAAGCUGGUGGACCAGGAUACGGUCGUGUUCAUCUCCACACUGCACGGGGGUUGAGUCGCCUACACCAGGAGCACAGCAGUAAAAAUCACGGAGGAGCUUGCUUCACAUCAGAUUCGCGUUUUGUCCAGUCAUCCAGAAUGCAUCGACAAGUUUUAGGGAAAAAAGAAAAAGCUGAAAUCAACAAAAAACUAAACCUGAGAUGAUGCAGCAAAGACGCUGUCACGAACAAUUGCACAACAGAAAUUCCAAAACACUUUUCACGCACGUGAUUCGUAUACUUGUGUUUGUACAUUGUCAGUCGGCUAGUGAAACAUUUUGACAAACGUGCCCAUUUCAUUUCAGCCCCACUGAGCAUUCAAGCACGCAGUCGAGGUCUGACCACCCUCUGCGCUUCAGCUAUUGGAAUUUGUGUUGCUGAAACAAGAGCAUUAUUUCACAAUGUAUUAAUAUCAACCAAAGGGUUGUGUGACAAGCCACACCACCAUCAUGUCUAUAAAGUACUGGUGGGCUAAUUUAUGAAGAUAGAAAACAAAGCUUUGGGAAUUUGGUUAUAAAGUUCCCAUGCAUGAUAUGGCCUUGACAUGGCUGGCUCAAUUUGUUUAUUUUAUGUCGAGCCGAAUUAAAUUCCGACAGUUACGAAUAAAACUUUCCCUUGCUGAUGUUUACGUAAUGUGUGUGGUUCGCUAGCUGGCUUUGCAUGGUUUAUUUCUGGAUAAAAAAAACAAUCACUGAAGCCUGAAUUAUCUGUAUUUUGUUGAAACUCGUCUGGACAGCCAACCACUGGAGUGCCUUGAGUAAUGGUGCAGUGUGGUGCUUGUUUUGGUGUGUAAUUUGGGCAGCUGUGGUGAUUGGGGAACAAUUACGUUGAGUUUAAGUUAAUAUAAAUGCAGCAUAUUUAAACGAAAUAAAAAAUCAACAUUUA